CGUCUCGGGCCGAAUUUGUUAAUAAAAAAUAGCUACGAACUGAACAGAUAUGCCAUACAACAUGGACAUACUCAUGCCUGAGAAGGACGAACUCUGCGAUUCAAAGCCGAAAGAUGCGCACAGCUCUUUGGAUGAAUUGGACAUUGAUGAUUUGUAUGUGCGUUAUAAGAAACUUCAAAAAACCUUGGAGUUCAUAGAGGUGCAAGAGGAGUACAUCAAGGAUGAACAACGUAAUCUUAAGAAGGAAUAUCUACAUGCCCAGGAGGAGGUGAAGCGCAUACAGUCGGUGCCGCUUGUGAUUGGACAAUUCCUGGAAGCUGUCGACCAGAACACGGGAAUUGUUGGCUCCACAACAGGCUCCAAUUACUAUGUCCGCAUCCUGUCCACCAUCGACCGUGAGUUGCUAAAACCAUCGGCAUCCGUGGCUCUGCACAAGCACAGCAAUGCCUUGGUGGAUGUGCUGCCACCCGAGGCGGACAGUUCUAUAUCAAUGCUGCAGCCCGACGAGAAACCAGACGUCAGCUAUGCCGACAUUGGCGGCAUGGAUAUGCAGAAGCAGGAGAUUCGCGAGGCAGUCGAGCUACCUCUAACCCACUUCGAACUCUACAAACAGAUCGGCAUUGAUCCCCCACGCGGUGUCCUCAUGUACGGCCCGCCUGGUUGCGGCAAAACUAUGCUGGCCAAGGCUGUGGCUCACCACACAACCGCCUCCUUUAUCCGUGUGGUCGGAUCUGAGUUCGUGCAGAAGUACCUCGGCGAGGGUCCUCGCAUGGUGCGCGAUGUCUUCCGUCUGGCCAAGGAGAACGCUCCAGCCAUUAUAUUCAUUGACGAGAUCGACGCGAUUGCAACCAAACGUUUCGAUGCCCAGACCGGUGCCGAUCGCGAGGUCCAGCGCAUCUUGCUUGAGCUGCUCAACCAGAUGGAUGGCUUCGACCAGACCACCAAUGUGAAAGUGAUCAUGGCCACCAAUCGCGCCGACACGCUGGAUCCAGCUCUGCUGCGACCUGGUCGUCUUGAUCGCAAGAUCGAAUUUCCGCUCCCUGAUCGCCGCCAGAAGCGUUUGGUCUUCUCCACGAUCACGUCCAAAAUGAACCUCAGCGAGGAUGUCGAUCUGGAGGAGUUCGUGGCGCGUCCGGACAAGAUAUCCGGCGCCGACAUAAAUGCCAUCUGCCAGGAGGCGGGCAUGCACGCGGUGCGUGAAAAUCGUUACAUCGUUCUCGCCAAAGACUUCGAGAAGGGCUACAAGAACAACAUCAAGAAGGACGAACAGGAGCACGAGUUCUACAAAUAGAUUUAAGUUAAUAGGCCCCCAAUAUCUUCCCUUACCCUUCAUACCAACCCUGUCCCUAAAGUUGUAUCAGUAAUAAAAUAAACAGCAUUUCGCUUCAA